AUGGACCAGCCACAUACAGGGGGCCUCCUCUCGCCUCCAGAGCUCUCUCCCCUGGAGCAGGAGGUCUUGGAAGAAUAUGACCGGUUAGCAAACAACAUGAAGACUCUGGCAACUCUGUUGGACGACCUAGCCUCAAACCCAACAGUUGAAAUCCUAGAUGGCCUGCGGGAACUGGAGCGCAAGACAAGUCUCGCGUUCACGCUGCUCAAGGCGAGCGUGUAUAGCAUUGUGCUGCAGCAGGAGAUUGAUUGGGGCGGUGGC